AUGAGCACUGAAACCGACCGUUUUGUGGAACUCGCCACAGCGUCUCGGCGCCUCAUCCGGGAAAUAUACGCUAGCAGAGAUAGAAGUCCGCGGGAGUCUCUGCUGAUCCUCCUGGAGCAGUCGAAAAUCGUAAAGGAUCUUCGCAAGUCACUGGGGCUCGAUGCGAAGACUCUCGAUCUUCCCAUCAAGCUCCUAUUUUCCGAGAUCUCGAAGAACCACCGGACUUACCUGGAUAAAGACGUCAAGACCAAGCCCCACAUCACGCUCAACACGGAGUUCCUAUCCCGGCUCCCACCUGUACCACCCGACUUCCAACAACCCGGCACCGCCGCGGGAGCAACGAAAGGGAUGACGUUGGCGAAAGCCACGUUGGACGCGACCGGUACGGGGUCCACAGGGCAGGGAGGGGAGGGGAAAGGGAAGGGACGCCAUCUGAACGAUGGAAAGGGUGUGGGUGACGGGUCAGGAGGAGAGGGUGGUGAGGGGGAAGGGGAAGGUGACCGGGGGAGGCAUGGAGGUGGAGGAGAUAUGUCUAUGGACGAGGGCGAAGACGUUUGGUUUCGGGACGGAGAUGAGGGCGAUGGAGGAAGGGAAGGGGAUGGUGACGAGUUAGGCGGCGAAGGAUGCGAGGCGGAGGGAGACGAGGGCGAGCACGAGGACGAGGGCGAGGAUGGAGGGCGAGGGGAAGAGUCUGGCCAGGGGGGAGGGCCGUCGCGUAAGCGCGACAACACCCACAUGAGCCCUCAGGCAAAGCGAACGAAGAAGAAAAAGGUCAACUUCGGUGAGUCCGCAACCAGGCCGUCACCUCCCCCUGAGAAGGUUCGCGAUAACCCUACUGGGGGUGCGACGAGACGAACGACCAGAAGCCAAUCCGCGAAGGGUGGUUCGAAGGGCGGGGUUAAAGGUGGUAUGAAGGGUGGUGUGAAGGGUGCGAAGGGUGGUGGUGGGAAGACCGCGGAAGGUUCGAAGGGGCCUGCUGUUGAACCCGAGGGAGAGGGAGAGAUCGAUAAGACCCAGUGUUCGCCGCCGGAACCAGGGAAAGGAUUCGAUGUCGCGGACCCUCAGUGCGGUCUCUGCAUCCUCGCGGAGCAGCGCUUUUGCUGGCGCCCACCUGUGGGGUCCUGCCACCGGUGUCGACUGAAAAAGCAGAAGUGCACCUUCUCGAAGACGACGAAUCCCAAGGCACCUCCUCCCCGCGCAACAUCUUCCGCGGCUGCGUCGAGUUCGGGCAGCGUUCUGCUACCCUCGGGGCAAUCUCAAUGGGCUCUCUAUAGUCUACCUAGCGGUCUUCCCGCGGGGACCGUUGUUGACUCGUCCACCUUUGCCCGACACCAGGACAUCGCCCUCAUUUCCAGCGCCACACAAGAUCUACAAGCUGACGUCUACAGCAUGAGGGGUCAACUCCACAAUCAGGCUGAUGACGUGGCAGAGAAGAUGGGCAAUAUCACCGUACGGCUGGGGGACGUAGAGGAGGAAUACGAAAAGAUGCAUGCAGAUGUCGUGAAGGUUACAGUGGAGAUGGAGGACAUCCGCGCGCAGUUCGAUGAGCUUUGUGGACAGGUGCCAAACAAUGCAGUAGACUUGGUGAAGGUCGUCGACGAUAUCACAGCCAUGGGGAAACGAAUCGGGGAACAGGAGAAACGGUUUGGCGUUUUCAAACAGCGGUUUGGAGAACGACUAACCUCCGCUGUCAAGUCAGCAGUUGUUGACGAGGUCGACAAGAAGGCAGCCGCGCUGGGGGAUAGUCAGGAUGGGAAGUGGAUUCCGCGGUUCGAAUCAGUCGAUAACACACUCGGUCAAAUCGACAAUCGUCUCCGCAAACUCGAAGACAGCGCCAAGGUGGAGGAGCUAUUGGGUCAGGUUAUUUCGAGGGAGGUCGACAGCCGUUUUGAAGAGUCUGAGAGGAAGCUAGAGGGGUCGUUCAAGAAAGCCCUCCAGCUGGAGACCCAACGCCUUGCCGAAAGUCAAGUCAAUCCCGCGGAUUUGGCGAAGGAAGUUUCCCAAUCACUCGAACGACACUGGCCAACCCUUCUGACGCCCAUCCUAUCGACCACCCUUACCACCCAUCUCCGAGAGCGUAUUGGCGAAGUGGAUGCGAACAUUGCGAGGGUAGGAGAGGAACUCGGGGGAAGGCUCAGGUCGAUGGUGCAGGAGGAGAUUUCACGGUACAGUCAAGAUAUAAUCCAAGAGGCUGUAACUACGACCAUGAGGAAUCUGACCGUCGAGGUGCCGACUUCGAACGAUGGUCGUCACCACUACCCGCCCUACCCGACGUUCAUUGAUCCCGAUCUCUUUGAGCAGGCCUACGAGCCUCUCGUUCUCCCUCCACCUUUACCCGCCAACGGAAGCACCUCGAUUUCGACGUUUCAUCUUCAAGACCCCAGCGGUAUCUUUCAGGCCGGACUUCAGGAAUCUGUCUUGACAGCUGUCCCCGAGGGUGUAUCGUCGGUUAGGGCAAGACCACGGACCCCUAGCGUCCAUUCAGAGGAGGAAGGUGUAGGACAAGGGUCGGGUUGA